GCUAAACUCCAGCUAGCUGCUUCAUCCAUCUGUGUUUCUGCGAUCGGAUUUCUCUGUCACAGCUAACGGAGAUGAAGAAGUUUUUCGAAGACAUCAAAAAGGACAUGAAGUUUAAAUCUGCGGGACCUGGGAAGAAACUAACAGACGAUGCCAGUACCAAACCUGAAGUGGUGCAGAGCAGCUCCAGUGCCAAGCAUAAUCGCCAUGCUCCCAGUGAAGGAUCUCAGAGGGCUGGAGCAGCAGCCCUGGCCAGGAUUGAGCAGCAUCAGCGGCCGAAGGUCCACACCUCUCAGGACGCCAUCAGGAACCAGGUUAAAAGAGAGCUGGAGGCAGAGGCGGCUGCACUGGCUGAAAAACAAAAGGCAGAUACAGCUGAGGGAGCCAAAUUGCCAGUGAAAGAUGCCGCCUGUCUCUCAGUGUCAGGUGUGUAUUUCACCUGUCCGCUAACUGGAGCCACUUUAACUAAGAGUAAGAGGGAAGUACACAUUAAAGAGGCCAUUUUAAUGCGGUUCGAGGAGGAUCCAGUCGAGGCCUCAGUUAUGAUGAUUCACACAUUUAACAAAGACAGAGAGAAAGUGAAGGCCGCUGUGGACAUCAUCAGCAAGUAUAUUGACAAUAUAUUUAAGAAUCCCACAGAGGAGAAAUACAGGAAGAUUAAACUCAGCAACAAGGUUUACCAGGAGAAAGUCGGUUGUGUGGAGGGCAGUAGAGAGUUCCUGGAGGCCCUGGGCUUCACAAGCAUCAUGCUUCCUGUCGAGGGUCAAGAGGAGGAAGAGGAGUUCCUGGUGUUAUUAGAGCACAGUCCCGACGCCCUGGAGCUGAUGAAGGAGCGCAGGGAUCGUCUCCAGAGAGGCGAGCCCGUCAGAGCUCAGCUGGACAGACAGCCUCAAGCAUUCAGGUCAUCUCCCAACGCCCAACGCUUCGAGCUGCCGCCAGAGUUCUACAACCUGACAGCGGAGGAGCUCAAGAGGGAGCAGCAGCAGAGGAGUGAGCUGGUGGAGAAAAACGCCAUGCUGCGCACUAAAGCCAUGAGGGAGAGAGAGGAGCAGAGAGAGAGAAGGAAAUACAACUACACCCUGCUCCGGAUCAGACUGCCUGAUGGGAACCUACUACAAGGGACCUUCUAUGCGUGGGACCGGCUGCCUGUGCUGUUUGCGUUUGUUCGGGAGUCCUUGGUGGACGGCUGGCAGCCCUUUGAGCUCAUCGCUCCCGGAAGUCAGAAACUAAAAGAGUCGGAGGAAAUCGCUCUUGCAGAGUGUAACUUGGUCCCCGCAGCUCUGCUCACAUUUGCCUGGGACGCAGCUGUGCAGGCGGAUAUUGCAGCCGCAGGUGGAAAGAGCCCCACACUCCUCAAACCGGAGCUGCUGAAAACCAUUCGGACCCUGAGCUGAGCAGACGCACUGUCCCUGAACUGUCCCUGCUACCUCCCCCGCUCUGACACUGCUGGGGUGGAAGUGCCCCUCAAAAAUGACUAGUGAUUAGUUUAUUUUUACAAAUGCUAACUUCAGUCAGUAGCCGUGAUAGACUAGGGGCAACUUCACCCUGAGGCGCUUGUUUUGCAGAGCAUCCCCUUUGCUCUCCACGUGGGGUUAACGCCCCCCCUGCAGACUGUCUCAGCGGCACAUUGAAGGAAACACUACUAACAGAUUAAAGGAGAAAUCAAGGGACACGUGUUUUUUGUUGCAUACUGAAUUUACAUGCUGUGUAGUAAACAGGCUGUGGCGGCAGUCCUCCGUGCUCUAUCUAUCCAACAGUCAGGUAAACUUUACGUGGCAUGUUCAGAGACCUCGUUUUAACUGUGUCGACACUUCCUCUCCUUGUUUGAAGUAAACAGUCCAUCAUGCUUGCACAACAGUUGGAUUAGCAGUGUGGCUGUACAGUCGUGUGGAGGGAAAUCAGGAGCAGAGGAGCUGAGUAACUCUGGUCAGAUUCUGUUGUUGACUUGUGUUUUGGUUUGUCAGCACAGAGCUUCUUUCAUUUUAAAGCUGCUGGGUGUCUGAGCAACGGCUUUGACUUGAAAGGCUUUUAGUUUUGUUUGGCGUUGCUCAAGUUUGAACAGUGUUUUGUCCGUCGACUCAUGUUUGUCCCGUCUGAUUUGGUGUGAUAUGAGUCUGGCUUGCAUGUUUGUCCUCUGCUGGCGUUACACUCUUUGUUUUACAACUGACUUCUAAUUAAAACUCAAAUGUAAUUUAUUUGUAUUUGUAUGAGCACAAACCCAAAUUAUAAAUCAAACAUGUUUUUCUGGAUAAUUUAA